UAACUUGCCUUGGGGUACACGUCAAAGUAUUUGCUUCUCUUUCAACAUGUUACGAUGCGAGCGAGAUGGCCGAAGAUCAGUUUAUUUACUUACAUUGGGGUACUUGUCAAAAUAUUUCUUUUACUUUCAUCAUAAAACUCUAUAGCACCAGAUUUGACAACAAUUAUAACAAAACUGGCGACUGUGUCGUACGUGACUCGCAAAUAUAUUCUCUAAUUCAUUUUAAAUGUUUCAUUGUACAUACCAUCCUUUAAGAAAUAGAAGUUAAAGUUAAUCUCGACCGAUUAUUAAGCAAAAAUGGCCUUCCUGGACGCGGGUAUGUUACAUUUUGAGGGAGAUCUGUGUAAAAACGGAGAUGACGCUGCUCAAGCCAGUUUUUUAAAGAAAUUUUAUCAAACUUACGACCGAAUUAAUAAAUCAACGACACUAUUUCAAAAAUAUUCAAACGCACUCGAGAUCGCCAGAAGCAACAACAAAACACAAGUGGACUGGAAGACGUCAACCGCAUUGCUCAAAGACAUGCACAUCGAUAGAGCAAGCUACUCAGCGGUUUUGAAAUGGGUAGUUACCGCUCUUGAUGAUGAUGGCAUUAAGAACUCCAUAACCAGGUCGGAAUGCAAAGAGCUUCUUGAUUUGUCUGAGGAGGCUUGUGGUUGGAGGGAGCGGCAGAUAGACUUAUAUAAUCAGAAAAGUAAAGCAGAUGAUGGUCAUAUUGGUGCGUAUAAAAUGUGGACAAAUAUUAGGGAUAAGGUGGAAGAAGUUCAGAAAGAGGUGAAUGAGAAAGGUAAGGGACAAUUUUAUUCGGACAAUAACAACUUCAAGGAGUACAAAAAUUUGUUUAAAUGAAAAGUUUAUAAAUUGAUCUAAGAACCAUGUUUAGAAAACAAUCACCUCGAGUUUUGUCGUUUUCUAAUAUGUCAACUAAUCAGGAUGUGAUCCAGGAAUAUCUAUUAAAUAUUGUUUAAUGUUAAUUUUACCGCAAUUUAGUGUUCGAGGAAGUGCCUUAUCAGUAUAACUGUUUUGUACUUAGAUUUUUAAUAAAGUUACCACUCUUCUAUUGC